CAAGCUCAGGAGCGGUAACAAGAACAGGCCGACCACCUGGCCAUCAUCGAUCUGCUCCGCGCGUGAUAGCAGCUACCUUUUCUGCGAAGUCAUCAUCGCCUGCUCCGCCUUUCGGCAAGCCGUUCACGAAUCGACUGAACCGCCUCAACAUAACGACAUCAUCUAAUGCUUGGAGAGGACCUGGACGAACAGCACAGGGGGCUCAACGGGCCAUUCGGCCCGGAGGAGGCCGAUCUGGACGACGACCGAGGGAAUCCUCUUGACUUUCAACUUUCCGGAAGUCGAGAUGUUCCUGGUCCUGCACGAGCAUCGGGUCCCGUCCCUCACCUAGUCGCACUUUACCAGGGAUUGAAGGGGAAGGAUCCUACACAGCUGAUGCCUGACCAGGUCAUCUUGAUGUACUACGAGUUGAUCGUCGAUGCGGGGGAUGACGUUACCUGGGAUCUAUGGCUUGCUUUUGCUAAUGCGGCAAAAGGGACACCUGCAGUGGCCAAUGAGAAGGUCUUCAAGGUCACUGAUGGCGAUCUCGUCAAGCUGGCUCCCCCCCACAGAUUCAAUCUGCGGGAUGAUAUGUGUCACCGGGUCUUGUUGAGGAAUGGCCGGGUUGUGCCACGCAUGGCACUGGUUCUCGGUCUCAUGCAACACUUCAACCCGCUACUGGCCGAACGGAUCGUCAGUGGCCAGAGUGUCAGUCCGCAGGACUUGGCCACCGUGUUUCCCGCUUGGGACCGGCACAAGCAGGGGAAAGGCGUCGGGGUGUAUGCCCUGGUUUGUAGCAGGGCGCAUCCGGCGAAGACAUACAUCGGGAUGACUUGCCAAUCAUUCGCCCAGCGCAUCGAAACGCACCGUCAGUACGGGCACGGCAAUCACAGGCUCCGCGCCGAGAAAGAGCGAGUGGAUUUUCAAGACUGGCUUGUAUACAUCCUCGUUGAUUUCGGGCCCGACUAUCGUGGAAGCGCACUCAGCCCCACGAUCAUCAACGCCAUGGAGAUCGGCUUGAUCGUCAUGCUGGGAACCACCCUCGAUGGUCAGGGUUUGAAUGAGAGGGUCAACAUCUUCCAACCCUGUUACAUGAAUGAAAGUCCGGUUUCGCGACGCUGGCUUCGUCAGGCCUGGGAGAAAAUCUGGAGGGUCACAACAUCUCCAAACGGCUUGCGGAUACCUACAGGCUCCAGGGCCUCGGAGGAACAAGUCGGGGUUACUAGAAACGGAAGCCCCUUCGUCGACUUCCUGGAGCGCAUUGGCCUUAGCGGAUGCCGUAGUCCAGUAGGCCUGAUCAAAGCUAUCAAGAUGGCCCUAAAUGGUACCCUGCCCCGUAGGGCGGCCACUAUUCGAGAGCUACAGAGCAAGUGGCCGAUUACGCACGAGUGCUUCGAGAUCAAUAGGCGAGUAACUCCGAAGAUGAGGACGCGAGCGCCGAUAGAAUCGGAAUCGUGUGUGGGGAGAAAAGAGCGGACACGAGCGCCGUACACCGAUGCAUGGAGCCCGACCUACGAGGACAAGAUUCCCGAGGGCGACAGAUGGGUAUGGUCGGAUGAGGCUGGCGGUAUCAUCCCGUUGAUACGUACCAAUGCGCCUGACUAUACCAUCUGGGCGGCGAGCGAUUCCGAGAAGGAUGGGACUGCGUUCGUUUUCGACCCAUCGACUUAGAAGAUUAGCUCUCUUCCCUUUGUGAAGUUGGACAAU